AUGGGGGUGGCCGUCACUGAAAAGGUGUGUUGGGUAGGGGUGGCUGUCGCUGUGAAAGGUUGUAGUGUGGGGGUGGCCGUCGUUGUGAAAGAUGGGCGUGCGUUGGCAGUGGGUGGUAUGGGUUCAGACCUGCUCCCUCGUAGUAUACUACAGCAGUAUGACCUGAGGAAGAAUGUGUGGGCACUACUGCCCCCUAUGCCCACACCGCGAUAUGAUGCUACAGCACACCUACUGGGCAACAAGAUCUACGUGGCAGGUGGGCGUCAGUGUAAGCGCACAUUGAAGGUCUUUGAGGUAUUUGAUUCAGAGACACGCUCCUGGAGUACACUACCCAACAUGCCGUGUAAACGUUCGUAUGGUGGCGUGUUCUGGGACAGUUCGGGGAGGCUGUGUCUGCUGGGGGGGCUAAGGAAGGGAGGGGGCCACCAGAGCUCCAAGUUCACCAAGAAUGUCAACAUCUUUGAUACUAACCAGGGGUUGUGGUUGAAGUCAGAGGACACUGUGGCCAUGAAGACUAAGAGGGCUGACUUUGCCUCGUCUUUCCUCAGGGGCAGGAUGGUCGUAGCAGGAGGACUCGGUCACCAGCCUUCAGUUCUGGACACUGUGGAAGCCUUCCACCCUCAGAAGAGGAAGUGGGAGAGACUGGCUCCCAUGGCAAUGGCGCGAUGCUCUGCCUCGUCCAUCGUCAUCAGGGACCGCUUGCUGGUGGUGGGAGGAGUCAACCAGGUCCCUAGUUCAGCCCAUGAGAUCCUGUAUGUGAAAGAGGAGUGUCUGUAGGCUAGAGGACACGACCCUUACAGGAUGAUUGACAGCAGGAUGACCACAAGAAGAUUCUGAAUUCUAGAACAUUCUAUUCAAGAUCAGUGGUUCCAGUGCUUUCAUAAUGGCAGCUGGUCUGGAACAAGUGCAAUAUGUUUCCUAAGAUCUACAGAGGAAUAGAAAGGAUGGGGAAAUAAUGCCACAAA